AUGUUCAUCAUUGCAGUGGCUUUGGCAUCCCUGCUCAGCGUCUCGGCGGUAGACAGGAAUACGGUUGCAGAACAAUCGGCUAUUCAGGACCCCGUGAAACAAUGCGAAAUAUACAACUUCCCUCCGAUUGAAAACGAAAUUCCCAAGUUCCCAGAAGUCUUCAAGCAAGCUAAAAUCCUCCCCAAUGACGCUGCCGCACGUGCCAAGUUUGACGAAAUUUUGAAGAACAUUCCCAAGAUCGCUCCAAAGGUGGUGAUGAGCUCGUCUAUCUUGGUUUGGUUUGGGCUAAUACUCGCUUCCACUUACGGACAAAUGCGGGCACUGAGUCCUACAACAUCGACAAGGACCCUGAUUGUUGGUGGACGAAGACGCAGUGCACUGAAGCUAAAGCGCAGGGCGUUCCUUCGGACAUCGACUUGGUACCCGAGCCUGAAACUCUGGGAUACGGUUUUGACGAUGGCCCCAACUGUUCACACAAUGCGUUUUACGACUAUUUGA